AUGUCUUCCAUGCGCAAUGCCGUUCAACGGCGCAACCACCGCGAGCGUGGCCAGCUCGAAGGGCGCGAGAAGUGGGGUAUUCUUGAGAAGCAUAAGGACUACUCGCUCCGAGCCAAAGACUACAAUGAGAAGAAGGCGAAGCUCAAGCGCCUUGAAGAGAAGGCACUCAACCGAAACCCCGAUGAGUUCCAUUUCGGUAUGAUGGGCGACCGCAACCAGAAGCAAGGGAAACAUGGUCGCGGCAAUGUGGCAAGACCUUCAGCGGCUGGGCUGAGCCAUGAGGCAAUCAAGCUGCUCAAAACCCAGGACAAAGGAUAUUUGAAGACACAGUCAGAACGGAUACGAAGAGAAAUUGAGCGCCUGGAAAGUGAUGCCAAACUACAAAAGGGGAUGGAUGAUUUCUUAGGGGUCAAGAGCCAGGAAAAAAAGGAAGAAGAGUCGGAGGACGAGUUUGACAGCUUCGAUGAUCUGGAUGAUCUUGCCUUUGGACCACCUGCCAAGAAAAAGGCUCGCAAAAUCGUUUUUGCCGAUGAUAAAGCUGAACAGCAAGAUCUCAAGCGCAAACGGUCGGAAGCUGAGGAGAUGGAAGCUAUGGAUGAGGAUUCAGACGAAUCGUCCAAGAAGGUCCACAAAACUCCUAAACAAAUCGCGGCCGAACGCAAGGCACUCGUUGAAGCUCGCCGAGCUCGCUAUAUCCGCAAGCGCACGGUGCAAAGCCGAGAGAACAAGCUCAAGGCUCUCCGGAAACAAUUCGCCGAGCUUCAAGCAGCUGAGCGCGAGCUCGAUUGGCAGCGGGCCAAGAUGGACAACUCGGUAGGCGGUACGAACAAAAAUGGGGUCAAGUGGAAGGUGCGAGAGCGCAAGCGCUGA